ACUGCGCAGGCGCCAGACACAGACAAUGAAAAGGGGUUGUGCGAGGGUCUCACCCACACGCUUUUCCAGCUUGCCCACUGCGCAGGCGUUCCCCGAAAGACCAGCUUGAACAAUGAAGAGGACCUCGGCGUUAGGUGGGACCGCAACCAACAAGGACUACAGUUCCCAGCGGGCAGAGCGCCAACUCCAAGUGAAGGUCCGGUUGCUGGGCAUGCUAGGAGUUGUAGUGUCGGCCGCCUUUACAAUCUAGGCUGUUUGGAAGAUUUAGAGCUUCUAUUUCUUGAAGAUUUAUUCGACCGUUUUAAAAAAUCUCGCAACUGAAGCAGGGUUCAGAGUUUACUAUCUGCGUCCUUGAGUAGCCUAAGAAUCAACUGCUGCAUAUUAGCAAAUUUCGAAGCGUCAAGGCCUUCAGUGAGCCCUUUCUGUCAUUUGGGUGGUCCAGGCAGCCGAAGAGUGGGAUGGAGGCGGGACUAAACCAGGCUGGGCUGGAGGAAAAGGGCGGGGCCUGCAAGCCUGUCUCUUGGCAGCAGGCUCUGGCAGCCAAACCGUCCAAGCUAGCGCCUGGAGCGCAGUGGUUUGUGGGAAUUGUAGUGUAACUGGAAGGCUCUGAGGAUUGUCGAGCUUGCAGGUUCUGAACGUGAGGACUACAACUCCCGACGUGCAAAGCGAGGGCCAGUGGGUGGGAAGAGCCCCCAAGAGCUCUGUGCGGGAUUCUAGGCUCCCCUGUGACAGCCGCGGCAGGAAGCAGGCGGGAGCUCCCCGACCACAGGCCUGUUGUUCUCGGAAGGGAGAAAGCUGGACAUUUCCCCACGUAACUCCCAGCUCUGGGCCUAGAGUGUGUGCAUGGCGAAGUCCCCGGAGAACUCUACCCUGGAGGAGAUUCUGGGGCAGUAUCAACGGAGUCUCCGGGAACAUGCCAGUAGAAGCAUUCACCAACUGAAAUGUGCCCUGAAAGAAGGCGAUGUCACUAUUGGAGAAGAUGCACCAAAUCUUUCUUUUAGCACCAGUGUGGGAAACGAGGAUGCCAGGACAGCCUGGCCCGAAUUACAACAGAGCCAUGCUGUUAAUCAGCUCAAAGAUUUGUUGCGCCAACAAGCAGAUAAGGAAAGUGAAGUAUCUCUGUCAAGAAGAAGAAAAAUGUCCCCCUUGAGGUCAUUAGAACAUGAGGAAACCAAUAUGCCUACUAUGCACGACCUUGUUCAUACUAUUAAUGACCAGUCUCAAUAUAUUCAUCAUUUAGAGGCAGAAGUUAAGUUCUGCAAGGAGGAACUCUCUGGAAUGAAAAAUAAAAUACAAGUAGUUGUGCUUGAAAACGAAGGGCUCCAGCAAGAGCUAAAAUCUCAAAGACAAGAGGAGACACUGAGGGAACAAACACUUCUGGAUGCAUCCGGAAACAUGCAGAAUUCUUGGAUUACAACAGGUGAAGAUUCUGGGGUGGGCAAAACCUCCAAAAGACCAUUUUCCCAUGACAAUGCAGAUUUUGGCAAAGCUGCAUCUGCUGGUGAGCAGCUAGAACUGGAGAAGCUAAAACUUACUUAUGAGGAAAAGUGUGAAAUUGAGGAAUCCCAAUUGAAGUUUUUGAGGAACGACUUAGCUGAAUAUCAGAGAACUUGUGAAGAUCUUAAAGAGCAACUAAAGCAUAAAGAAUUUCUUCUGGCUGCUAAUACUUGUAACCGUGUUGGUGGUCUUUGUUUGAAAUGUGCUCAGCAUGAAGCUGUUCUUUCCCAAACCCAUACUAAUGUUCAUAUGCAGACCAUCGAAAGACUGGUUAAAGAAAGAGAUGACUUGAUGUCUGCACUGGUUUCCGUAAGGAGCAGCUUGGCAGAUACGCAGCAAAGAGAAGCAAGUGCUUAUGAACAGGUGAAACAAGUUUUGCAAAUAUCUGAGGAAGCCAAUUUUGAAAAAACCAAGGCUUUAAUCCAGUGUGACCAGUUGAGGAAGGAGCUGGAGAGGCAGGCGGAGCGACUUGAAAAAGAACUUGCAUCUCAGCAAGAGAAAAGGGCCAUUGAGAAAGACAUGAUGAAAAAGGAAAUAACAAAAGAAAGGGAGUACAUGGGAUCAAAGAUGUUGAUCUUGUCUCAGAAUAUUGCCCAACUGGAGGCCCAGGUGGAAAAGGUUACAAAGGAAAAGAUUUCAGCUAUUAAUCAACUAGAGGAAAUUCAAAGCCAGCUGGCUUCUCGGGAAAUGGAUGUCACAAAGGUGUGUGGAGAAAUGCGCUAUCAGCUGAAUAAAACCAACAUGGAGAAGGAUGAGGCAGAAAAGGAGCACAGAGAGUUCAGAGCAAAAACUAACAGGGAUCUUGAAAUUAAAGAUCAGGAAAUAGAGAAAUUGAGAAUAGAACUGGGUGAAAGCAAACAACACUUGGAACAGGAGCAGCAGAAGGCAGCCCGGGCCAGAGAGGAGUGCCUGAGACUAACAGAACUGCUGGGCGAAUCCGAGCACCAACUGCACCUCACCAGACAGGAAAAAGAUAGCAUUCAGCAGAGCUUUAGCAAGGAAGCAAAGGCCCAAGCCCUUCAGGCCCAGCAAAGAGAGCAGGAGCUGACACAGAAGAUACAGCAAAUGGAGGCCCAGCAUGACAAAACUGAAAAUGAACAGUAUUUGUUGCUGACCUCCCAGAAUACAUUUUUGACAAAGUUAAAGGAAGAAUGCUGUACAUUAGCCAAGAAACUGGAACAAAUCUCUCAAAAAACCAGAUCUGAAAUAGCUCAACUCAGUCAAGAAAAAAGGUAUACAUAUGAUAAAUUGGGAAAGUUACAGAGAAGAAAUGAAGAAUUGGAGGAACAGUGUGUCCAGCAUGGGAGAGUACAUGAGACGAUGAAGCAAAGGCUCAAACUGGCAGCGUGUGCAAAAGUUCAAGAGUGUCUGGGAACUGAAAUAUGGAGGAGAAAGCGGGAGAGUGAGCAGAGACAAAGAAUUGGAAGUAGGGCUCAGAAGUGAAACUAAACGGUAACUUUGUAAAGAGGGGAAGGGAAUUCAAGUCUGAACAACUGUCAUGAAGCAGUACUUACUGAAAAUAUUUUUAUGGAAUCAGGAAGCUCCAUUUUCCAUGGCACUUUUUAGGAGGGGUCUUAAAAAUGAGUUUGGUUAUUGGAGGAGAGUUGAUGGGGGGAGAAGUACUUCUUUGAGUUCUCAAGAUCCUUGCCAGUUUCAAUUAAGUCACAUGAGAAGCUUAAUCACUAACAUAGAAAUGUAAACGGGUUGCAGUAUUUCUUUGGCCUAUUAGCCAAGAUUUUUUUUCCUGUUUAUUAAAAUUUGAGUCCUUCAUGAUCACUGACAAACAAUGAUUCAUUGGUUUACAAAUAAGGAAUUAAAAGGUAAGAAAAGCAAAUGCAAUCACACAGCACCUUUCCCAUCGCGGGGAAAUCAACCUUUUUACUCAUUGCCUCUCAGGGGAAAGAACUUGGGACGUGAGCAUGGAGUUAAUGAAGCUUUCACCCACCUCCUCCUCUCAACCGUCAUCCCAGUUUAAUCCUCUCCCUUCUGCCAAAGUCCAGAGGCCCUGCGAGCCCCCGUGGAGUCGCCUGAGCCAGAUGCUCCACACCCAGCCUCCCCAAGCCCCGGCCGGCUGCCCUCCAGGUGCGGGCUCCAGGCCCUCUCGCGCGGCUUCGGGGCUCGGCCGAGCCCGGGCCUAGUAUCCAGAGGCGAAGCAGCCGCCGGGAGGUCUGGGUGGGCGGGGAGGCCGAGAGGACUGUGCACCGCCCGGCAGCGCUGAGACCUGGCCGCCUAGGCCACCCUGCCCGGCGAGGGAGAGGGGUGUCUCCUGCCUGGAGCGCUCCGCGGUGGCCCGAGAGCAGGUGCUGGCGUGCGGGAGGCGCACGUGGAGCCCUGCGGUCUGUUCCACCUGCAGAGGCACAAUUGCCCAGCGUGGGGUGGAAGGCAGGCUGGGAGCUCCCGGGACGCGGCGUGGCAGCGGAGGGCUCGGCUAGAUGCGCUCCUCCUCGGACUGGUUGAGUAAGGGAGGAGGCUCGUCCUGAACGUGCACAGCUGCUCCUAACUCCGUCAACGGAAUUUCACUCAACUCCGAGACUGAAGCAUUUUAUUGGCAGCAUUUACAAUCGGGGAAAAAUCUACCUUCUGUUUAGCAGUUGCUCUUUUCUGAAGCAGAAAAUUAUCUCUAGGGAUGACUUAGUAAUAGGGUACCCAUUGCCAUGUGGGUCAGGGAUUGGGACAAUGUCCGGAUCCUGCCAAUGCACCUCUGUAAAAGGUGGCAUUCAGCCUGGGAGGAGAGGAGCUGGCAGGGCAGGCCGCCCCCAGACUCGCACAGGCCCAAGCUCUGUCCUGCAGCCCCUCCCGGACACGCACAGGCCCUAAGCCCUGUCCUACAGCCCCUCUCCUGUUGUCAUUUGCUAUCAGGGCAGUUCUACCGCCGCCACUAAGCUUUGCUUCUCCCAACACAACCAAGAGACGGGCAUAUAGCAGUGAAUACUGUCUGGAUGGUUUAGCAUGUCUGGGGCGGGGGUCUUUCUAUUGCCUGCAGGGGUUUCCGAGUCUACCCAGCAGGUGCUCACCAGGAGUGGGGGCUGUGACUGGGACCCAUGGCCUGUGCUGUGAGGGGUGAGGGGCCACUGUGUACUGUAACCGGGAGCAGCCUGGAAGAAGGCCCCUGCUCCCCCUUCCCUCCGGCGCCUCUUACUCAGGAAAUCUUAAUGUGGGAAGGAUGUGUAUGGGGCUCCAUAAGCAACACUGACCCAGUCCUGGAGAGAGACAAACCCCUCGCCCGCUCUCAGAUCAUCCUCAGAGAUCCUCUGGGGCCUCUGAGUUGAAUCCCAGGCUCUCCCCUGCUUUCGCGAGGACCCAAGGCUUAUGCACACAGAGGGUUUCUGGUUGGAACACCUAAAGUUGAUUGAUGACAGAGAGAUGGUGCUAAACUGGCAUAUUCCAAAGCAAUCUUGGUAUUUGUUCUUUGUCACCUUCCUCAAGGCUCAAGGUGCUUUUUUGGGCUAAAAUGGGGCAUUCUGUGAAUGUAUGCUACUUUUGAAAAAUAGAGGAAGGGGUGUCGGAAGCCUAGACUGGUUCUCUUGCCACUCCUCAAAAAGCAAAAUUUUGCAGCCCAAAUAUUAAAAAUUGACUCCGCGUAUUCCUUCUCCCCCACAGUGGCACACAACUGGGCAGGCUCCAUCUCGUCUGCUGCUGGAACCCACUAGAAACCAAAUGAGCCCUCCAGCAGGCCUAAUCACUCUGAUCUGUCAUGGACCUUCUAGCUGGAAGAGUUAUGCCAUCAUAUUAUCCCAACACUCAUCAGUGUGUGGAGGACCCCCUUUUACUAAAUGAUUUAUUGCUCUUUGCAGAA